GCCAAAGCAUCCUCUGUGCGCCGGCGCUAGUGUGCGCUGUACCUUGCCUCGUUGCUGAGGGAGUGCCGUAUUUAUGAAAUGUCGGUGAAGGGUGAACAAGGAGGGAGUGGGGGAGGAGUACAGAGAUGAGAGGGAGACGAGAAGAGAAAUGUGAGCGUGUGAAUAUGUUGAUGCUAAUGCAGAGGGCGGAGCUUGGUUGCCAUCUCCCUCUGCCUUACCAUCUCUCACUGUCCUCGUGUUUUUCCCCCUCUGUCUACUUACCUUACAGCAUCUGCUGUCUCUUGUUUUCCCCUCAACUCUACUGACCCAGUGGACUGCUGCCCUUUUUUUGUAUCUUUAUGGACUUUCUCAGCACAUGGCAUGAGGGGGGUGUGGUGCGGUGAAUCCUUGAAUUAAGAGGGACUGGCGUGUUAUCCCGCAGUGUGAAUAAGGCGGGGGCUGUGGGGAAGGUAAGCGGAGGGCUUCGUGGUGGAGAGGAUCCGGUUGAGAAGAAUGGUGGUGCCGGCUCCUCGUGCGGUGAUCGUGCUGCUCCGCCAUAGGCUGCGUGUCAUCCAAGCACAGCCCCACGUCGCCUCGACAUGAGCGUGGCAGGAAGGGCAUCCUGCUCCAUGCUCAACUGCUUUGGUGAAGAGGGCCCUCCCAGUCUGGAGUACAUCAAGGCCAAGGAUCUAUUCCCCCAGAAGGAGCUGGUGAAGGAAGAUGAAAGUCUUCAGGUCCCCUUCCCAGUUCUUCAGGGGGAAGGGGUGGAAUAUCUUGGCCAUGCAGAUGAGGCCAUCAUUGCCAUUUCAAACUACAGACUCCACAUAAAGUUCAAGGAGUCUGUCAUUAAUACCUACCCAGAUGUGGACAAUGAAAUAUCUGUACCCCUCAGGCUGAUUGAGAGCGUGGAGAGCAGAGAGAUGGCGCAGCUGCACAUUAUCUGCAAAGAUUCCAAAGUUGUCAGAUGCCACUUUACAACAUUCAAGCAGUGCCAGGAAUGGGUCAAGCGUCUGAGCAGGGCCACAGCUCACCCGUCACGCCUGGAAGACCUCUUCGCCCUGGCCUAUCAUGCAUGGUGCUUGGGAGGCAGUGCUGAUGAUGAGGACCAGCAUGUGCAUCUGUGUCGCCCAGGUGAUCAUGUGCGUCAGAGAAUGGAAAUGGAGGUCAAAAGGAUGGGCUUCGACACACAAAACAUCUGGAGGAUGUCAGCCAUUAAUUGCAACUAUAAGCUGUGCUCCAGUUACCCACAGAAGUUUCUGGUUCCAAUAUGGAUAACUGACAAGGAGCUAGAGAGUGUGGCGUCCUUCAGAUCCUGGAAGAGGAUUCCUGUGGUGGUCUACAGACACCAGAAGAAUGGGGCAGUGAUUGCACGUUGCAGCCAGCCUGAGAUUAGCUGGUGGGGCUGGAGGAACACCGAUGAUGAGUACUUGGUGACAUCCAUUGCCAAAGCUUGUCAAAUGGACACGGGAGCCAAGGGUUCCUGUUGUGCACCUGCCUGCCAGCAACGUGGGGAAGCUCCUGACUCAUCUGACAGCGAUUUUGACUCCUCACUGACAGGCAGCUCAGGCUGUGAUGACAACACCGUGCCACAGAAGCUGCUGAUUCUGGACGCUCGCUCUUACACCGCUGCAGUGGCCAACCGUGCAAAGGGCGGCGGUUGUGAGUGUGAAGAGUACUACCCUAACUGUGAGGUGAUGUUUAUGGGCAUGGCCAACAUCCACGCCAUCCGGAACAGUUUUCAGGCCCUGAGGACAGUCUGCAGCCAGAUACCUGAUCCAGGAAACUGGCUUUCAGCUCUGGAGAGCACCCGUUGGCUGCAGCACCUGUCUGUUAUGUUGAAGGCGGCCACGCUGGUGUGUUCCUCUCUGGAGAGAGAAGGUCGUCCUGUCCUUGUGCACUGUUCAGACGGAUGGGACCGUACACCCCAGAUUGUUGCCCUGGCUAAGAUCCUGUUGGAUCCCUACUACAGAACACUAGAGGGUUUCCAGUUGCUUGUGGAGACUGACUGGUUGGACUACGGUCACAAGUUUGGAGAUCGCUGUGGCCACCAGGAGAACGCUGAUGACGUUAGCGAGCAGUCGCCUGUCUUCCUGCAGUGGCUUGACUGUGUUCACCAGCUGCUAAAACAAUUCCCUUGCCUGUUUGAGUUCAAUGAGGCCUUCUUGGUCAAGUUGGUGCAGCAUAUGUACUCGUGCCUAUAUGGUACUUUCCUGUGUAACAACGCUCGUGAGAGGGAGGCGAGGAACAUUUACAAGCGUACCUGCUCCGUCUGGUCCUUGCUUCGCACAGGAAACAAGAAUUUUCAGAACUUCCUCUACAUCCCCAGUCAUGAUAUGGUGCUGCAGCCUGUCUGCCACACGCGCGCAUUACAGUUGUGGACGGCAGUCUACCUCCCCACAUCCUCACCUUGCACUGCCGUGGACGACUCUAUGGAGCUGUACUUGUCCCAGAGUGUCACAGGGGAUGAACUUGCCUCCCGUUCCCUGGACAGACUUCCCAAGACCCGCUCUAUGGACAACCUUCUGUCAGUUUUUGAGAAUGGCAUGCCCCUGACACGGACAUCCAGCGACCCCAAUCUUAAUAAGCACUGCCAGGAGGAGGCCACACCCGCCCUAGAUGGUCCAUCUGCAGAUGAGGUCUUACCCGGCGGUGGGGAUGACGAACCCCCACAGCAGAGUCCUCCCAAGCCUUCGGAUGGUAGCUCAGGUGGCGAAUUCUGCGAGGAUGCGCCAGAGGAGCCGUGUCUCACCACUCAGCCUCUGCCCUCCUUGCCUCUUCCUCCUGUCCACCUUACUUCUGAGAUCAUCCAUGCUCACACUCCGCUCCUCGCUCCUGUCCUACAACAAGCUUUACUACACACAACUCUUCCAACACCUCUGCCGGAGGCCGAGAGCCCCUGUAAUAUCGUUGAGAGCGCCACAGCGCCCACUCCCAAAUCAGAGCCGUGCCUACCGCUGAGCCACAUCACCACCCCACCCGCAGCCACGCUUCUCCGCUCCCUGCUUGACCACCAGGAAAAUGGCCUGCUGGAAUCUGCAGACCUCAUGGCUCUGAAGCUUCUAACGCCGCUGGUGCCCAUGGAGGACUCCACUGAGACUCUUACGGACCAAGGAGAAGUCUCCCUCGCUCUCCCUCAUAAGCAAAGCGAGGGGCCUACUCUGAAUGAGGAGCAGGUGCCAGUUGAGCCGCUCAAAGAGGGGGCGACAGAUCUCGUCAAGGGAAGAGAUCAGAUGUUAGUCGCUGCAACAUCUUCUAUGGACUGCAUCCAGGGAGCCGCUCGCCAUCUCAUCUCCCAGAGCCCACUGUCAGACAUGUCCCUGAUGGGCCCCCACUGGGAGAGCGUUCAGGGCCUAAUGCAGUCCGCCUGCAACGGUGCCAGUUACCGCGCCAGCCGCUCUCUGCAAGCCAACGCUUACCAGAGCCGCCGACUGGCCGAUAAGCUUCUCCGCUCGCAAGGCUUCGCCCUCGCCGGCGGUGGUUCCCAGUGCUGCCGCAAGGAGGCUCUUUGUUGUCCCGGCGGCCCCCUGCAGCCCGCGUGGCCGUCUGCAGCAAGGAGCCUGAACGCGCCCGUUGCGUGCCACCAGCUUCCAGCUGUAUCGUACCCCUCACCUUCCGCCUCCGGCUCCCCUCUCCCGCCCCAAACCCCGGCGUACCUCGACGACGACGGGCUGCCGGUGCCCACGGACGCUGUGCAGCAAAGACUGCGUCAGAUCGAGGCGGGCUACAAACAGGAAGUGGAGGUACUGCGGCAGCAGGUGCGACAGCUGCGCAUGAGACUGGAGCGCAAACAAUACAGCACCCCUCCCUCGGAGCCUGACAUCGAUUACGAGGAUGAUAUCACAUGUUUACGGGAGUCGGACAACAGUCCCGAGGAAGACUCUCUGUCCACCCAGAGUGAAGACAGACUGUCUGAGGGCAGCUGGGAUCGAGUGGAGAGUAAGGACACAGAGGUCACGAGGUGGGUGCCUGACCACAUGGCCUCUCAUUGUUUCAACUGCGACUGUGAAUUCUGGAUAGCCAAGAGGCGUCACCACUGCAGGAACUGCGGCAACGUGUUCUGUAAAGACUGUUGCCAUCUGAAGCUCCCCAUCCCAGACCAGCAGCUGUACGACCCGGUGCUGGUGUGCAACACCUGCCACGACCUGCUCCUCGAGUCCCGAACCCGCGAGAUCCGCAGCCAGCAGUUCAAAAAGGCCAUCGCCACAGCCUCAAGUUGAUGGGAGCGUCUCCUGUAGCUCAGAAGGCUCCGGCUCCCGUCCUUUUUUGGACUCGUGAGGUGUCGCCCCAAUCCGCUGUGGAUGUUUGCUGCGAGGGUGUUUGGGGGAGGGGGGGGGGGGGGAGGGGGAGGGGGGUGCGCGCUCUGGUGGUAGGAAGUGGCAAGUGUCCCCCAGGACGAACUCUUGGACAGGAGGAUGUUUCGGCUUGUAGCGCGGCAGCGCUCUCUAGCGGUACCCCUUUUUGACCCCACCUUAAGUACCAAACACCUGCACUCUCCAUAUAGAUGCCGCCGUCACACUUGAGAGGGACAAUCGGUCGGCGACUCCAAGCCUUUACCUGAUCUACGAGAGGCUUUAAGCUCGGAAAGAGAGGAAUUGCUGCUAUUGUAUUUAAAAGUCUAAUUUUGUAUUCUUAUUUUGUGCACCUCUACAUGUCGUCAUGUAUAUUGAAGGGAAUCCUGAGACCAAACUUGAGCGAAGGGGAGAGAUCUGCUGUCGACCUUGCCAUUGUAACUUUGAAUGUAAAAUGUUUAAUGGGCAGUUGGACUGACUUCACGUGCGUGUGCGUCAUUUGUGUUUCCUGUGUAUGCACAGUCAAUGUGGCCGAGUCUUCAGCGAUGCUUUUUGCAGCUACGUUUUGGUGUUUGGAAGCUCUGCGGGGGGCACGCUGAUGCGGUGCCGCGGUGUAUGUGAAGCACGGCGGGGGUCUGUUUUUGGGCACGGCGUGCUUCCGUGAUGUCCUUGAGGGUAUUUCUGGGAAAUGACUGAGAAUUCUCCAACAGGGUCUGCCGUACCUCUGACUGAACGGCCACCAAAAGCCUCACUGUCGUUCUGAUUGGCUCCGAGAGGAAAAAAGACUGAAGCAAUGAUUGGCAGUUCAUUUUCUCAAUAGGGGAGUUGGACCACAGUUCCCCGAUUUACAGCAUACUUCCAUUGUGCCAUGCUUUCUUUCCCCCCCCCCCGCUGUUUUUCUUUCCAAUAGCUGGCAGCAGGUUACUAUUUGACUCCUAUGUGUUCAUGGCACAGACAUUUAGCUGCUAAAGAUUCAAAUAUUGUUCUGAUGAUUUCACUGGAUCAUGUCACAAAAUUAGCUGACCUAAUGAUUUGGAUUUUUUCUUCCGAUGGCGUUAACACCAUCUCUUUUAGAGCAAGCUCUGAAGUGUACCAUACAUCAGAAUAUCUGAUCCAUGGUGGUGGCGAAAAGAAGUCAUUUAAUUCAUGAAUAACUGUUGUAAAGAAUUGCACUGUUCAAGUUAAUUCCCAAUGGCUCAGAUAAAAGAUGAUAUGAUGGAUCUGUUUCCCAGCUUCUUUAUUUUAGACAAUGAAAAAAGGAACACGGAAUACAAAAGGGAUUCGACAAGGAUGAGACAUCACCGCAGAGGCGCAAAGGUAACGGAACAUGAGUCUAUUCAAAGUGCAUCAAUAUGGCCGUGUGCUACAGUCUGGUGAUGUCGCUGCAAGGUGAGAAGAUUUGCAAUAGAUAAUGGGUGACCAACAAUAAUAAUGCAAUGGCUGUAAUAAAUACUGUAUUCAGCUCUGCCUCAUCUGUCUUGUACACGUUUACCAAUGCAGAUACACUAACCAGCAAUACAAGACCUGUCAAAAAGUGCAUUACAAACAGUAUUGUUAAUUCAAGUGGUUGUUUGCAGUGGUGUAUAACUGCCAUUCGUCAGAGGUAUUAUUGCUUAUUGUUAUCUCAUACUUUAAACGGGUCUCCCUGUGAGGUAUAUUGCACUUUUACAACCACGCCAAUAAACAUUGCUAACCCUCUGACGGUGUAAGUCAAGCUUGGUAUCUCAUUUGUCCUCUUAAUGUUGUGGGCGGUGACUCCAAGUGCACGUCAAUCAAUUAGAAUAUCCAUCCAUCCAGCGUCUGAGCCGCUUCUCCUCACUGCUGGAGCCUAUCCCAGCUAUCAACGGGCAGGAGGCGGGGUACGCCCCGAACCGGUCGCCAGCCAAUCGCAGGUCACACCUAAACAAACAACCAUUCGCAUUCACACCUACGGGCAAUUUAGAGUCUUCAAUCAACCUACCACGCAUGUUUUGGGGAUGUGGGAGGAAAGCGGAGUGCCCGGACAAAAAAAGCUACGCAGGCUCGGGGAGAACAUGCAAACUCCACACUAAGGACGCUAAUUGUUCACGCUUUGUAGGUGGCAAUUCUUUCCCAUUCUUGCUCGAUGUACAGAGAAUCGGAGUCGAACGGAACAAAGUUUCUCGAGUGGAGUGAGAAAAGAAGACAAAGCACUAAUUGUAAACGGGAUGAGAGAAGUAAAGCAUUAGAUGAUCUACAACGAUGAAACUGUAGACCUCCAGUGUCGCAUGGGGCUGUCGUG